GACAUUCGAAAACUGAUCCUAUUUCGAGAUAGGGUCCGUACAAGCCGAGAAACUCUUUCAUCAUUACCGAAUCGGUAAAACUCGGUAAUUAUCCUUCUCUUCUCUUUUGUUUCUCUCCCUACCCUGACAGCCAUCUCAACAGAGGCACGCCCAUCUUUUGUCUUUACGUCCACUACUAAGUCUACCUACAGGUAGGUAUGUACUUGUAACACUGCUGCUCCACAGGCAUACAGGCAUCAGUAGAUCGCUGGUGGUUCUGCACAGACCCUGCCUGGGCUUGGCUUCUUCAUUCUGCUGUGCGCGUGCUCAAUAUCGAGUGGCGCACCCCACAAGCUCAAUCAUCGUCUUCAAAGUGGCUCGGUCAUAGAAGGACACAAUUCAAAAGUUCUACUCCAUUCAACAGUCUGACUGGUCUGGCUCAAGAAUAUCCCCCGUUUGCGCCAGCGAUGUUCUAACUCUAGUCAGUUAGAAAGCGAGGAAACUAUCCGUACCUAGGUAAGCUAAGGUAACCUCCCCAUGUCCUUGCAGAGCCCUCCCGAGGCCCAUGUCUAAUGCCUACAUAUACUUAACCAGCACAGGUACGGAUACCUUUUUCAUGACAUACCUAGUAGCUAACUGUCUGUGGUCUUUCCUACAUAUGUAUGUAGGUCCAGGUACCUAGCUUCCCCAUCUGCUUCAUUGUCAUCUUUCAGAUCUAGCCCUGCCUGUAGCCAUCCAUUCCAUUGCUGGCAUCCAUCCAUCAUACCCCUCGCCCCUCAACACGUAGGUAGGUUCGUAGGUACCUUGCCUACUCCCCCGCGACACGGGGCCCUGCCCUGCCCUGGCCCUGUACCUUAGCCUCCAGGGACUGUCUUACAGUACCUAGGUAGGUCCUAAGGAUUGGAACCUUACCUACGGAACGGUAUCCGUUCUGUACCUUACUUCCAGGUCACAUCUGCUCUGUCACUGUCAUACUACUUACCGCACUGCAUUAUUUUCUUGGUUCUCGACAUCAAUUGGAUCACAUUCGUUCUAUUGUCUUGCGCCUAUCGUCCUGUACGCGCCGACUUUGUCCAAUCGACUCUCGUGCCUGAGCACGCAACUCGUACGAACCCUUGCGAUCGGCGACCUGCCCUACCACAGUUCACGGCCGUUUUCUUCCUCCGGUUUCCGGAUACAACUUGUGCCGUGUGUGUCGGUGUCACAGUCGGUGUCGGUGUCGGUGACAGUAUCGGUGUAGAAAUUUGGUUUUGCGCCUGCAUUUGCAUCUGCAUUUGCAACAUACACAAUGCCUCACUCUCAGCAUGAAGAAGAUGCUUCCGCAGCGAUGGGUGGUGCACCCAUACCGGUGACGCUUGUUACCGACUCUCUCGAGAAGCCUUCCCUCGACGAUCGCGACUAUCGAGUCAUUCGUCUUGGCAAUGAGCUCGAGGCUCUCCUGGUGCAUGACCCUGAGACGGAUAAGGCCAGCGCUGCUCUAGAUGUCAAUGUGGGAAACUUCAGCGACGAGUCUGAUAUCCCCGGCAUGGCCCAUGCGGUUGAACAUCUUCUUUUCAUGGGCACCAAGAAAUUCCCAAUUGAGAACGAAUACGGCCAAUACCUCUCCGCCAAUUCAGGAAGCUCAAAUGCUUACACUGGGCCAACAUCGACGAACUAUUUUUUCGAUAUUUCUGCCAAGCCGGACAAUGACCAGGAUCCUUCAGAUACCAACCCCUCUCCUCUGCGCGAGGCUCUGGAUCGAUUUGCUCAGUUCUUUAUCGAACCGCUCUUUCUACCCGAAACCCUGGACCGAGAACUGAAAGCUGUUGAUUCAGAGAAUAAAAAGAAUCUUCAGAAUGACACAUGGAGACUUCAUCAGCUGGAGAAAUCUCUGUCUAACCCUAACCACCCGUUUUGUCACUUCUCAACCGGCAAUUUUGAGGUUCUCAAGACACUUCCCGAGGCACGUGGAAUUAAUGUGAGGGACAAGUUUAUCGAGUUCCACGCCAGACACUACUCGGCCAACCGCAUGAAGCUGGUUGUUCUGGGUAGAGAACCGCUUGACGUGCUUCAGAAAUGGGUUGCCGAGUUGUUCUCUCCUGUCGUCAACAAAAAGCUUCCACCAAACAGGUGGCCAGGCGAACUUCCUUUCAGGGAAACCGAUCUCGGUAUGCAGUGUUUCGCGAAGCCCGUAAUGGACUCGAGAGAGCUGAACCUGUAUUUUCCCUUCAUCGAUGAGGAGUUUAUGUUUGCUACUCAACCUAGCCGAUAUAUCAGUCAUCUCAUCGGGCAUGAAGGCCCUGGAAGUAUCAUGUCACAUAUCAAGUCCAAGGGCUGGGCAAAUGGCCUUAGUGCCGGCGCCUACCCUGUUUGCCCUGGUACUCCUGGUAUCUUUGAUGUACAGGUUCGCUUGACAGAAGAAGGUCUUAAGAACUACCCUGAAAUCGUCAAGAUAUUUUUCCAGUACAUCACUCUCCUGCGUGAGAGCCCACCCCAGGAGUGGAUAUUUCAAGAGCAGAAGGGAAUGGCUGAUGUUGAUUUCAAGUUCAAGCAGAAGACGCCCGCCAGCCGCUUCACCAGUCGAAUCAGCUCGGUCAUGCAAAAGCCUCUUCCUCGGGAAUGGUUACUCAGUGGACAUAGCCGUCUCCGAGAAUUUGCUCCCGAUGAGAUCGAAAAAGCCCUUGCCACGAUUCGCCCGGAUAACUUCCGCAUGGUCAUUGUAUCGCGCAAUUAUCCUGGCAACUGGGACCAGAAGGAAAAGUGGUACGGAACUGAAUAUCGACACGAGAAGAUUCCCGAAGAUCUUAUGGAGGAGUGCAAGAGAGCCUUUGCAGUCUCUCCCAAAGAUCGACUGCCUGCCCUUCACCUGCCUCACAAAAAUCAGUUUAUCCCCAACAAGCUCGAGGUCGAGAAGAAGCAGGUUGCCGAGCCAGCACUGAACCCCCGGGUUCUUCGCAAUGAUAGCAUUGCCAGGACAUGGUGGAAGAAGGAUGAUACCUUCUGGGUUCCUCGAGCCAAUGUUAUUGUCAGCUUGAAGACACCACUCAUAUACGCUUCGGCAGAAAACAACGUCAAGGCUCGACUGUUCUCAGACCUCGUCCGUGAUGCACUCGAGGAGUACUCGUAUGACGCGGAGCUGGCUGGCUUGCAGUACAACGUCAGUCUCGAUUCUCGCGGUCUGUUCUUGGACGUUAGCGGCUAUAAUGAUAAGCUUCCCGUGCUCCUGGAACAAGUCGUCACGACAAUGCGAGACCUGGAUAUUAAGGAAGAUCGUUUCGAGAUCGUCAGGGAGCGCUUGAUCCGAGGAUACAGCAACUGGCAAUUGCAAUCAUCCUAUCACCAGGUUGGUGAUUACACCAAUUGGCUCAAUGCCCCCGAACGGGACUUUAUAGUGGAGGAGCUCGCAGCAGAGCUUCCAAGUGUCACAUUAGAAGGUGUCCGACUGUUCCAGAAGCAGAUGCUUGGCCAGGUCUUCAUCGAAGUGUACGUACAUGGUAACAUGUACAAGGAGGAUGCUCUCAAAGCAACCGAUAUGGUCGAGUCCAUCCUGAAACCGCGGGUUUUGCCCAAGGCCCAGUGGCCUAUCCUGCGGUCACUCAUUCUGGCAAAAGGUUCCAACUACGUUUUCAGAAAGACUCUCAAGGACCCUGCCAACGUUAACCACUGCGUCGAGACUUGGUUUUAUGUUGGUAGCAGAGAAGAUCGCGACAUUCGGACCAAGACUCUCCUUUUAGACCAGAUGCUCCAUGAGCCAGCCUUUGAUCAGCUCCGGACUAAGGAGCAGCUCGGAUAUAUUGUUUUCAGCGGACCUCGAGCUUUCUCGACGACUUAUGGCUUCCGCUUCCUCAUCCAGAGUGAAUUGACACCAGAGUUCCUUGACUCGCGUAUCGAAGCCUUCCUCAUGAGAUAUGCAGACACUCUAGAGAAGAUGAGUGAGAUAGAAUUCGAGGGCCACAAGCGAAGUCUGAUCGUCCGGCGUCUAGAGAAGCUCAGAAACCUGGACCAGGAGUCCACUCGUCAUUGGAACCAGAUCACGAACGAAUACUACGACUUCGAACUUGCCCAGCGCGAUGCCGCACAGAUUAAGCUCCUGACCAAACCUGAGGUCAUCGAGUUCUUCAACCAGCGCCUCAACCCUGCUUCCAGUCAUAGGGCACGGUUGUCAAUUCAUCUUCAGGCUCAAGGCAAGGCUGAAGGGGUCGAUAAGCGACAGGAAGAGGCUCAGAAAAAGGCCGACGAGGAACCAUCCCCUGGAGAUGCCGUAAAGACAGCUGAGGAAAUCACUGAUGUCAGGCUUUACAAGGCCGGUCUCACCGCAAGUUCAGGGGCCAGACCCGUCAAAGACAUUAAUGAGUACGAGGAUACGGAUGCAAAGUUGUAGAGGUUAUGUUGGAUCUUGAAAUUCUCUAGGUUAACGACUUUAUGUUCUUGAAAAGACGAGUUGGAGUGGGGCUACAUCUAGACAGAGACGCGAUACAUUGACAUUAAAUGGUAGAGGGAAGAAGAGACUGGACUGCAGGAAUCAGGGGCUUGUACUGGUAUUAGAAACUCGUUUUAGCGAGUCCGUUUUGUACAUGACUAUAAUAGCGGUCGAUCGCUCUGGGGUAGGCCUUUGUUAAGACCCGACACAAAAUGAGAUAUGACUUGGUGAUAAUACUGACUGUCUGCAUUACAUUUUAUACUCCCAGUCAGCUAUGAAAGCUAAUACAGGUCGCGUAUAAAGCUUAUAUUCAUGACUAGAAGAGAGAAG